AACACCAGCCUCCACCUGCUGGGGGUGCCAUACCUGAAGAGGCUGGCGCACCUGUACGAGUCCCUGUACCAGGAGUUCUACGUGCUGUGGAUCACGCUGAUGGUGGUGAACACGCUCAUGUUUGUAGUCGGCGUGGUCCUGAACAGCCUGGCCCUGUACGUGUUCUGCCAGCGCAGCCGCUCUCGGACCACGCCGGCCAUUUACACCAUAAACUUAGCGGUGGCCGACCUGCUGGUGGCGCUGUCGCUCCCGGCCCGCAUUGCGCUCUACCACAGCGGCGGUGACUGCGUGGCUUGUUUCUACAUGCACACGUUCAGCUACUUCGUCAACAUGUACUGCAGCAUUUUGUUUCUCACGAGCAUCUGCGUGGAUCGCUAUAUGGCGGUGGUGCGUUCGGCGGGAAGUCGUUGGCGGAGCCCCACGGUUGCGAAAAGCGUGAGCGUUUGCGUCUGGCUGUUCGCCGUCGUAGUCACGUACUCCCUUCAGACAUCUGCGCUGGAGUUUAACAGAGCGUCUUGCUGUCGUGCCGCCGUGCUUUUCACCCUCACUGUUCUGGAGUUCGUCCUGCCGCUGCUAGUAAUCGCAACGUUUACGAUCCGCGUCGCCUGCGCGCUCACGGAUGGUCGGCUCAUGCCGCAGAGCUUGGGUCGGCGUGCGCGUGCCGUCCGGCUGCUCGUUGCUGUGCUGCUGGUGUUCACCGUGUGCUUCACGCCGUAUCACGUGCGCGAGGCCGUGGUGUAUUUCCAGCUAGGGGGCAGCAGAGAGCAGCAUGUGGUGGCAUAUCACGUGACCAUCACGCUCAGCAGUCUGAACAGCUGCCUGGAUCCUGUGGUUUACUGCUUUGUGCCUGAUAGUUUCCGCUCUGCAUUGCGGAGAGUACAGAAGAAGAGAUUCAGAGAGCUUCCGAUGGCCAUCAAGGGAAACAGGGGCAGCAAAGCUGCAGGAACCCCGAGCGCCAUCGCGUACAGCGUCGCAACGCUCACACCCUACAUACUGCCAGCCAGAGACAUUCCCACCUGAAAUGAAACAUUC